UAAUACAAGAUAGCGAAAAUACGGUUUCCGAUUCAGAAAAUUGUGUCAAAGUGAGCCGGUUUUAAAAAUUUUGGAUUUUAAAAAGUUGUAGCAGUUUUUAGAACAUUGAAUUUCGUUACCAGCACUCUAAUUGAGAGUUAUAUAUUUCAGGAGUAUUUUAUUAAAAGCUAGAAAAAGAACCUCUGGAAAUAAAGAACUUGAAUAUUUUUGAAAUCACCAAAAUGGUUUUCAAAAUGUGUGGCAGUUUUACCUGCUCAAAAAAUGCAUUAAUUGCAUUAAAUAUUAUCUAUAUUCUGGUUUCAUUUAUUUUGAUUGGUGUAGCAGCUUACAGUAGAGCAGCAAGCAUUAUCACAAACCUUGCUAUUGUUGGCGGUAUAAUAGCAUGUGGAGUAUUCCUGUUUUUACUAUCUCUGAUGGGUCUGAUAGGUGCUAUCCGUCACCACCAAGUUCUAUUAUUUUUUUAUAUGUUGAUUUUAUUUCUAUUAUUUAUCAUUCAGUUUAGCAUUGCUUGUGCUUGCUUAGCUGUCACUACAGAACAACAACAUCAAUUAGCUAUGGAAGGGUGGAAAAGAGCCAAACUUAACAUCAAGAUUAAAACGCAAACUAUUUUCCAUUGCUAUGGGUUUGAAAAUCAGACUUAUCCUCCUGAUGAUGUUCUUGGGGGUGGAGUUCCUUAUCAAAAUAUUACAAGCUGUGUUGCUCCUGAUGGUAGUAAUCAAUGUCCACCUUGCUGGAACAUUUUGCGAAAUGCAAUUAACAGUAGUUUGAAAAUUUGUGGUGGUAUUGGGUUAUUCUUCAGUUUUACUGAGUUUGUUGGUGUGUGGCUGACUGUUCGCUAUCGUAACCAGAGGGAUCCUCGAGCUAACCCUAGUGCUUUUCUCUAAAACUAAUCUUUACAGCUUUUGGCUGUAUUCUUGACACACCAGUAUCGUCAGUUAUGGCUGCCUUUCAAAGAAAGAUUAUCAAAUCCUCUUUUAUAAAAAGGAAAACUAUUAUAUUUUUUAAAAAUGAUGUUAUGCAUUUAUUUAUUUUUUAAGUUCUCUUGUUACCUUGAAUUUAUCUCAGAAUUUUGUUCCGGAUUUUUUUCAUCUGUAGCUGAAUUCUUAUUUAUGAUUUUUCUCAUACUCUAUUGCUAUCUGUGAUUAUUGAAUGUUUCUGAGCUUCUUUAUAGUGUAAGUGCAAAGUAUUAAUGUUAAUUGUUCGUCUUUGAUGAAAUAUUUUCCCCCUUUCAUAAUUGUUUACUCUAUGUAGAAAGUUUUUAGGUUACUGAAAUGAUUGUAAAUCCAAAUAAUCCAGUGCUGUAGAAAAUCUUUUACAGGUGCCAUUCUGGAAAUGUGAAUUGUCAUUUCCGUUAAUAUAUAGAUUUUUUUUUUCACCACAAUAUGUUCUUUCUUGCUGCCAUAUUAUUAUAAAAUAUAUGCAUAAUCAUAUUACAGUUCUGUAGGAUUAAACAAUCCAGUGAUGCAGACUAAAAAUAACCACUGGUUUGGAGUAAUAUACUUAAAUAUUUAUUUGAUUGUUUGUUAAACUUACUCUAAUGUUCUGUGAAAAUAAGGAAAAGGUUAAUGAAGUUGCAUCUAAUUGACUUGAAUUUGCUUUAGGAAACUUGUUAGAUGUUUUCACAUUCAAGCUUUCAUUCAUUAUAAUACUGAAUAAUUUUUUUUUAUCUAGAAAGGUAACAAAAAUAAAUCAUGUAUUGAUGAAAUUCUUUGUAAAUUUUAUAAAUUGUAAUUUUGAAAUCAAGCAUAGAAUCGAUGAUCUGCAUUAAGCUACUAUAUCUUCUCAUUUCUUGAUAUCUUGUAAAAUUUUUAGGUUGUAUUCGGGUUUCUUUUCCAUUAAUUUUUAAUUCAUUGCCUCAGUAACUUCAUUUCAUUGUGGGGGAUAGCUAUGGUCCUUUUCCAUUUGUUUGAUGAAAAUAGGUUAUUUCGAAUAUGUUAAAUAUGAAAGAUAUAAGGUUGCUAAUUCAUUUGAUGGAAAUAUGUUACUUGUGCAAAAUUUGGCUAUAAAUAAAUUGAGUAAAUAAAUAUUGGAAUUCAUAAAUUAUUGUGGAAACAUAAGGAAGUGUUCGCACUUGUGAGUUUUUCAUAUAUUAACACAAAAAGAGUAUUUUUGUGCUUGUUGUAGUAUAUUGAAGAAUAUCGUUGCAUUUUCAAGGACUCCCUUUCGACCAAUUGAGUCAAAAAUUUGGCACAGAAAAGGUAUAUAUGGUAUAAGGGCCAAAUGUCAAGCUUCAUAUAUUUAAGACGCUGCAUAUACAUUUAUCAUGUUCACAUACACACAGAUCGAGAGAUGAUUAUGACGGAUUUGGUUCAAAAUUUGAGAAUUAUCUGCAGUUCUGAAAAAGUCUGUAAAACUCUUGCUGUUUUAAGGUUAUCCUGUUCACAUGCAUAUGGAUGGACUUAUAGAUUUCACUAUUGACAGAUUUCCACCAGAUUUUGGUGUAAAAACCUCAUAAUAAAUUUUACCUCUCUAACUUAUUGCAUUUUUCAGUUAUAUUCCCAGACAAAAAAAAAUGGAGAUGGAUUAUUUUGAUGAUUACAUUACUGUGUCUAAGAAAAUAAAAAGAAAUUUAUAAUUUACUGUUUACAUGAAAUAGCAAUAGGUUGUUUUUUUUAUUAUUAUUUAUUAAUUGAUAUAAUGUUUAUGAAUUUAAAUAAGCUAUGUUCAGUUUGAUUGAAUGAUAUUAAAAUAUGUAAUAGUUUUUGUAUUUGCUCGAUUUUGCACUUGUCACUCUUAUACAAACAGUGCUACUAUGUCUUGUAAUUGGUUUAUUGCUAGACGACCAGUUUAAAUACAAUGACAUUUACUGGUGAUUGUUGCAAAUGUUUUUGCACAAUAAAUAUAAAUUGUGAGAACUAGAGAUCAGCAUAUGACUUAUAUACUAUAUUUUUUAAGUUACUCUGUAAGUGAGAAUUUUGUGGAAAUCAAAGCAUUUGGUCAUUCUUAAUUGUUUUUAAUGUAAUUUGUGUGAAACAUAGAAAAUGAGAAACAAGUUUGUUUUCCAUGAGAGAACAUUAAUUUUUUGCUUGGAUAAAUUUUACCACCUUAUUCUGAAAAUUUCAGAAUUGAAAUUCAAUCGUACUUUUAUAGAUAAAAGAAACUAGCAAUUCAAAUUUUUUUAAUCCUUAAUCAAAAUAAUCAUAAUAGCUGAUAUUCCAUAACAUUGACAAUUUGCCAAAUUCAUCCCAUAUGCUUCAUCAUUCAAUAUUAUCAGUGCAGGAGUUUGAUAAAAAAAAUAUCUAUAAAAUGGCAUAUUUUUGUAAAACAAUUGCAUUGACAAGUAACCUACUUAUAUAAUUGUAUUAUCAGAUAUUGUAGCUAUGAAUAGGAUGUUAUUUGCGAUGCUCUAUAGCUGUAACUUAUGUGUAUUUAAACUAAUAUUAGUCCACAUUGAGUGCAUUGAGGUGUGCAGUAUGAUCUGCAAAUCAUUACUUAAAAAUAGAGCUAUGCAAUCGAUUUCAAUGAACUUGAAAACACUUGCAAAUAGGGGAAAAAAAUUAAGAAUUAUUUUAAAUAUGUCUAAUAAUAUAAGUUGGAUUUGAAAAAGGAAUGAAAUAUUGAAUUUUAUAGACAAAACUUUAAAAAUUCGUUCGUCAAAUUUGAAGUUAUCAAAUAGAUCAGUCAUAUAACUCAUGAACAGAAAUGGAUAAUAUAUGAAUGAGUGAAAAUGGAACCUGUGACCUGAAGAUGGAUUACCAUUACCUAUGCUUUCUUUUCACUACAGUGUACUGCGAACUUGGAACCUCUUUUCUUGUCAUUUGAAUGAGUAUAAACUAAAAUAUUUAUUAAGGGCAAUAUAUAUAAUAUGCUAAAGGUUACAUUACAUUGUGCAAUGUAUCACCAUAUAGCUAUAUGAAAUUUAGAGUCUUUGAUGUGAGAACGCUUAAAGUAUGAAGCUAAUAGGCCAUGAUGUGUUACAAAAGAACUCUUGUCUGUUCUAUUGUGUUCCGUUCAGGGAGAUUUUGGAUAUAAUUGGAUGAAUGUACCUUGCAGUUGAAUCUAGAUUUCUUAUAUCAAAAUUUUUUUAGUGCACUUUUAAGAAUGUUCUUGUGGCUGUGCAUUGGCUUUGGAUAUUGUCUGCUUGCCUGAGAAAUCUGAUGCCUUUGUGGUCCAUAUAUGCUUUAAUCCAUCCUAACUAAUCAGAGGAGUGGUGGAGUGAAAUAAUUUAUAUAUCUUGUGCUUUUUCCAAUUGGCUAGGGUUUAUAAACAAAUAUUUAUUUCAACUGGUUCCUUUGUUGUUUUUAAUAGCAAUGAAUUUCACAUGUUUUUAAUGAAAAUUUACAUUUUAGCAGUUUGGAAUUUUUUUGCAUAUUUAAGAUUUUAAAUUAUAUGCUUUAAAUCUGUUAACAGCUACAAAGUGUUGUUUAAAUUUCUGAAUUGUAAAUAACACAUCUUUUGGUUUAUAGAGCUCAUUGGUAUUAGAAAUUUUAUUUUUAUAUGCUUCUUGCUUUAAUAAAUAUAUUGAGUGUUCAAAAUAAAUGAAAUUAAUGCAAAAACAGUAUACAAAAUUAUUUUUUUUAAAAUUCAAAAGCAUAAAAUAUCUCUGACAAAAAAAAUAAUAAGAAAUCAAAUCUUGCAAAAUAACAUUGAGUUCACAAUUUCAAAUACAAAAAGGGAACUUUCGAAAAUUCUGCUGAAAAAAAAUAUUAAAUGUGCCAAUUCCAUGAUUUUUUUUUCUAUAUGUACAGUAUUUGCAAACAUUAACUGCACACAUAAAAAAAUAUCUAGACUGUUCUCUUAACUUCAUAUAUAUGAACAAACAACACUUUAUCUACGUUGUCAGAUUAGGUAAUUGCAGAAUACUGUAUGAAGAAUAAUUUCUUUAUCUGAAAAAAAAAACAGUAGUUAAUAUUGAAUUUUUUUUUUUAAUCUCCAAAAUAUGACUUUAAGUAACACAUGUUAUAUACAUCUUGCUUUAAAUAACUACGGCAAUUUUGAAUGAAAAAUUACAUUAAGCAUACAGGCAUUCUUCAUUUGUGGUUUCUUUGGUUCUUGCUUUCUUUUUGUUAUCCGAGUGUAAUCCGUGAAUUUGUUUGAUCUGUUGAAAGAAUAGAGUAUGGGAAAUGAAUUUUGACACAAAUUGUGAAUUGUGGCCUCUGUUCCUAUAUGAUAAUUUUCACUUUAGUUUGUAUCAUUAGAGGCUUACCAACCACUUACAUGAUGUUCUUUAUCAUAUACUGUAUCUAAAUACUAGUAAAUGCAUAUGUAAUUUAUUAUCUGUAAAUUGCGAUUUUUAAUUGUCAGCUAUUUGUUAAAUAUAUUGCUUACAUAAAUAUGUGUUGAAUUUUAAUUGCUGUAUAAGUGCUUGGCUUCAUAACAGAACAUUAAAUCUUUUUAAACUACAAAAGUGUUUUUGUUGAGAUUGUAAUUUAUAUGAAGACAGAUAUCUUUGAAAUGCUCUUUGGUAGAUUUUUGUUUGGUUUGUAAUGAAAUAUUGGCUGUGAAACUAAACUCAAAAAUUUUAUUUGAGUAAUCAUGUAUUUUAAUCGUUUUCCCUCCGUUAAGAUGUUCAGAUUCAGCUAUUUGUGAAAAUGAAAACAAAUUCAAUUUUAAUUAAAUAUUGAUGCAGAGAUAAUGUGUGAAAUAUACAAAGAUCUAAAAUUGGUUUGGAUACAGAUAUGUAAAUAAUGUCAAUAUGCGAUAUGCGAAAAUAUAUUUUUAAUUGUUCUGGAAUACAUGGAUUCAUUGGUUUUCUUCAUUUUGUUUCAAGAACUUGUGAGUCUAAUAUAUUUCACGUAUAUGCUCCAUGUAUCUUCCUUUUAAGUUGUUUGUAAUAAUCUGGAUAUUUUCAAAUAUUUGCAUUUGUUUUAAAAUUGUACUUUUCUCUCAGAAUUGUGUUUACUAGAACUGGAUAUUUUUGUAUGAAAAAAUUUUUAUGUAAAGGUUGUGUUAAUUUAUAAUUUAUGACAAUAAGAAAAAAAUUAGUGUAAUAGGAUCAAAUACAGUUUUCAAUUGUUUGUUAACUGUAAAUUUUGUUAUUUAGUCCACCUUAUACAGUAGU